UAGUAUUUGUACGCCUAGACGGCAUAACAUCAACACGUUAACAUAUUUAUGUACCUUUCUAACACCAUUGCAUGCACUUCUUAUGUGUAAUAUGGUUUGUCGGUGUGCGUGACUCUGGUCCUGACGUGUAUGGUGGUGGAAUCCUGGCAGGGGAUAAUGCCGUGGGACAGAUGGUCGUGGUCCCUACCACAGGAACCUAUUCAGUAUUUCUUCCGAAGACAUGAGAACUUGCCUGUAAAAUUCCCUUCUUUUAGCUGUGAUUGUCCUCCUAAUAACGAAUGCGUUUUAGAAUUUAAAAUCGACCAGAACAUGGCUGAUUUUCUAAUCAUGCGAGGGGUUAUAAAGAAACAAGACGUAAAUGCAUUUCGAGAAGAAAUGAAAAGAUUAGAACUGCAAAGUAAAAAUAACAGUCAAAGUGGAAGAAAAUUGUGGAAGACAUUGAGGAAUAGACGGAGUAACGCUAAUGAUCCUGAGGAUACAUGCUGUUGCCCUCCCAAAAACGUGUAUAUGCCCUCAUUCAUAACUGACAGUAAAUUCAAUGAGAUGGCCAAAAAAUUCCAAGCACAAAAAACAUAAAACAGUUUCAAAUAAAUAUUAUUCAAAUUAUAUUACGUUUUAUUGUUCAUAAAAUAAAAACUAUAUUACAUUUUUUUAAUGGCUUCAUAUUUUGUUAGUCAAUCAUGUACACAACACUACUGAGUUUCAUGUUAUUUGUUUUUUCUUUAUUUCACUAUUCGACAAGUGAAGACAACGCUCCUAGUUUAAAUAAUAUACUUAGAAAUAAUCAAGUUGGUUGUGCUCAAGCGCCAAUAAUGAUACAACCAGUGAUAAUAAAACUAUUUAAAUAUCCAAAUCAAAAUCAAAAGCAAAACAUACAGGAGCAACUGGAAAAAAUGCAAAUAGGAGGAUUUUUAGGAUAAUGAUAACGAAUAAAAUAAAAAAAUUAAGCAUGCAGUUUUAUUUGUAAUAAACGAAUUAUUUGUAGUAGUAUAUAGUACUGCAAAUGAUGCAACGUUGCGUAACAAUGCAGGUGGCGAUACAAUAGAAUUUGUCGUUGAGAACUAUUGGAAAAAAAAUAGAACAAUGCCAUAAGUAGGUGCCAAUAAAGCGCGAAUGAAAGAAGUUGACGUUUAAAACCAGACACAAAGAAUAAUGUCGGUGAGUGCCCGAGCAGACGCGACUACGAGUGACGAAGUAAAUUAUAAAACAGACUAGAAACUAGGUGAAACAAUGCUAAAAUGGAUGGUGCAAGUAUUAGUACAUUACGAGAUCAUAGUAAUAACGUCGCCAUCAAUCACCGGUGUCACGUACAUGGACAACUUCGAUUUCGAGGAGAGAUACAGAGACGUUAAUGAAUGUAAUCCGUUCCACUGGCAUCCGCUGCAUUUACCUCCUUACUGCGUAGAAAUUUUCGAGAAAUUAAUACGCUCCAGAUUAGCCAGCAAUACUCCUGUCAGAAUCGCGAGGGAGAAGGAAAAGGGAGGAAAUGGAGGACAGGGACAUCGAAACCACGGUUCCAGUUCAUCUUCAUCAGAAAAUCAACAUCAUCACCCACAUUACCCUGAACAGUUAUAUCAAUUUCCAUAUCCGUUGUACCAAAUCACUAGUGAUGAAUACGAGUCGUACAGUCCAUCACAACCUUUGCCUUUGAGUCCGUAUGAAAAACUAAUGAAGCUUCUACGAGAAGAUAUUAAGAAAGAUCCGAGCUCGCCGACCGUAACAGUCAUGCCAAGUUUGGGCCCAGUCGCCUUAUACAACCAAGCUAUCUCCCAGAAGAGUGUCAACCUGAUUCGCGAAUUAGCUGAAGCCUACGUCAAAGCUACAAAGGAGAAAUAUGAUGAGUACUAUUCAGCGUUUGAUAACUAUCCCAUGGAACCGCAACUAUACGUAUAUGAUAGUGCUAAAAAUAAAACUAAUGAAGAAAAAGCUAAGAAAAAGAAUAAAAAGGACAAGAAGAAAGAAAAUGAAAAGAAAGAAGAAGAUAACAAUAAAAACAAAGUUUAUAAACUGAGAACUAAGCACGGAGGAGUAGUUACUAUAAUAGAAACGAGAAACGUAGACAUGAUGAAAAAAGACAGUCUCUUUGGUUGAUGAUGCUUCAUCUAUUAAUCGUAUAUAUACGUAACAAAUAAACACGAGGUUUAUAACGUUUUUAAUAAAAAAUAUUCAUUAUAUGAGUAACUUAUUAAGAAUAUAGUUUUAGUUCCAAUAUGUAUCUCUUACUGAAUUGUGUAAUUUAUUGUGUGUCCUUUAGCUAAUCUUUUUGUUGUGAUCUGCUAUCAUAUUCAUUUUAAUAUGAUCUUAAUGAAGCCUUCCUUCCGUUUUCUUUACCUAUCAUUAUUAGAAUUAGAAUAUAUAUGGAUUCUUAUUACUUAGAUGCACUAGUACCUUUACAGAAUACUGCUAUCCGCGCCUCCUAAUUGCUACCGUAGGGUACACCGAUGUCCUUACCUUAAUUUACUACACAUUAAUCAAACCUUGUUUCAAAAUCUCAACUAAAUCUCUUUAUAAAUUGUAACUUUGUACAAACCAUAUAAGAAAAGUAGCAUACAAGUUAUGAAAU